AGAAACAGGGCAUAAGCAUUGUUAACAUUAGAACACAAAACAGAAUAAUUUGUGUAGCUUAGAAUUUUACAGCAAGUCCUACUAACUGAUUUGGUAGUUGGUACCAAGUUAGUAGGUACACUAUAGCUGACCACGAGACCUUGAACAACCCAUAUUCAUGUUGUUUUGUUACCAACAAUAGCCUGCCAGAACUACAGAAAACAAUAAAAUAGUACUUUCUGUAACCAUAACAACAACUAGUACAAAUAAACGUCAUAAGUGUUGAAUAGGAGUUGAUUUUAAUGAAUUAAAUACAUUUUCAUCAAAGUAGUACAACUUAUUACUUUAUUAGAGAUAGAAGCUAUAAACACAAAUGGAAAAUUCAGACGGUAACGCAUGGGUGUUUGAUUCCCUUGUAGGAUUUCUACACGGCCCGGUGUGGAAUGUACCACUGCAGACUUUUAUAGAAGAAAAGUCUUUACCUUUUGAGCCGACUGACAAUGGCGAAGUCCUCGAUAGACCAGAGUAUAAGAAGAUACACGAUGAGUACCGUAAUUUGGUGGACGUGAUGUUAGGGUCGUUCAUGGAUGACAUCGGCAUCACGGCUGAUCAGUUCGAAGCGGCAUGCAAGCUGUCAGCGCGGGACCUAGCCGGUCUACCGGCACAUUUCCACCGACGCCUGUUCGAACAAAUUUGGGCCGCCAACGACUACGAAAUGUUUGUCAAGAUGAUGACUCACAAGAACGUGGAAUUGCAGCUACAGGCUCUAGAAUUAAUAGAACGGAGGUACGGAGCAAUGCCCCAUUUGUUUUCUGUAGAACCAGAUGAUUCUGUGUUAGACUCAUCAAGGAGUGAUGAGAGCGAGGACUGGCCGGAUAAUGACGAUGUUAUGACUGAAAUAAAAAAACUACAAUUGGAAGAUUUUGAAGGUAAAGACGAGGUUGUCAACGUCCCGCCCGAGGAAGUGGUGGCUGAGAAGCAAACUCUGUUGUCCAAACUCCACAGCUUCGAAAAAAAGGAAGAACAUGUCGAGAAAAAAGUUCAAAUAGUGAUCCCAGAAAAGAAGAUUCAAGUUAUGGAACCACCAAAAUCACCUCCCAAAAAAGUAGAGGUGAGUGAGGAAGAGAUGAAAGCUCGUCAAGAAUAUUUGAAGCAACAGCGCGAUAAGUUGUUGGCAUUGAAGAAGCAAGUCCGUGAGCGACGACUCGGGGCGGCAGAUGGCGCAGAAACAGGAGGUGGUGAAGGAUCUCAUAGCAGCAUUGCCAGGCCUCGGUCGGCUCGUGUGGCUCAAGCGGCACUAGCAGGUGUGGCUCCACCGCCGCCGCCAGACGCCAUGCAGCUGCGAAGGGCACUCGCCUCUAAAUUAAAGACUGAAGUGGUCGAUAUUUCUAAUUGAUAUUAUUUCACCAUAGUCCUCAAUUUAUUCGAAUAUUUAUCUAAGCUUAUAUUUAUGAAUUCAAAUUAAAAAAUAUUUAGUCCCGAA